UCAAUUCAUCUGUAGGGGUUUGGGGUCAGGCAUUGCUUUGGGUCGGUCCUUCGUGUUACGAGGCAGAUCGAGUCCCAACAUGGCGGCAGUGGUUAGCGAAGAGGAGGCGCAGUUGCAAGAGAUGGAGGAAGAGGCGGAGGCGUCAGGGGCUGUCGGGGAAGAGAAGGAGCUGGAGUCCGAAGACGAGGAAGAAAUGGGACCCGAUGGCUCUGAUGCAGAGGGAGACGAAUCCUCGGAUGACGAAAAAGAAAUCCAAGCGGAGAUCCAGCGUUUGGAGGAGCAGCUGUCCAUCAAUGCGUUUGAUUACAAUUGCCAUGUGGACCUGAUUAAGCUACUGCGCCAGGCAGGGGAGCUGGUGAAACUCCGCCGGGCUCGGCAGAAAAUGAGCGAGCUCUUCCCGCUCACUGAAGAAAUCUGGCUGGAUUGGCUGAAGGAUGAGAUUCGCAUGGCAGAGGAAGAGUCUGACCGAGAGAAAGUGUACGAGCUCUUUGAGAAGGCGGCCAAGGAUUAUAUCUGUCCUGAAAUCUGGCUGGAGUAUGCACAGUACUCUAUUGGGGGGAUUGGAAGUCAAGGGGGGGUAGAGAAGGUACGGGAAAUCUUUGACAGGGCUCUGACUGCUGUGGGGCUGCACAUGACCAAGGGAGCAGCUAUCUGGGAAGCCUACAGGGAGUUUGAGAAUGCCAUUCUGGGAACUUUACAGCCAGCACCAGGUAGCGUUCCCACUCCAGAACAGCAGGAGGUGCUGAAUGCACAGCUGAACCGAAUCCACAUGCUGUUUCGACGGCAGCUUGCUAUCCCUUUCCUAGAUAUGGAGGUCACAUAUGCAGAGUAUGGAGAAUGGUCAGACAAGCCCAUCCCAGACUCCGUUACUCAACUUUAUAAGAAGGCACUACAGCAGAUGGAGAAAAGCAAGCCAUAUGAGGAGGCCUUGCUUGUAGCUGAGCCACCCAAGCUUUCUGAAUACCAGACCUACAUUGAUUAUGAGUUGAAGGAAGGGGACCCGGCUCGAAUUCAGACCAUCUUUGAACGGGCAGUGGCUGAGAACUGCCUUGUGCCUGACAUGUGGGCCAAACUGACCCAGUACCUGGAUAGACAGUUGAAGAUUAAAGACUUGGUGCUCUCCUCUCACGACCGGGCUGUUAGGAACUGUCCUUGGACGGUGGGACUCUGGAAGAGUUACCUUCUCGCUUUGGAAAGGCAUGGAGCUGAACAUAAAACUGUGUCAGAUAUCUUUGAAAAAGCCCUGAAUGCUGGCUUCAUCCAAGCAACAGACUACGUGCAUAUCUGGCAGGCGUACCUUGACUACCUUAGGAGGCGAGUGGAUUUCAGCAAAGAGUCCAGUAAGGAGCUGGAGGAGCUCAGGUCUGCAUUCGCUCGGGCUCUCGAUUACAUGAAGCAGGACGUGGAGGAGCGUUUUGGUGAAAGCGGCGACCCCUCUUGUAUGAUAAUGCAGAACUGGGCAAGGGUGGAGGCAUUACACUGUAAAAACAUGCAGAAGGCCAGGGAACUGUGGGAUAGCAUCAUGACAAAAGGGAACGCCAAGUUUGCCAACAUGUGGCUGGAGUACUACAAUCUAGAGAGGUGUCACGGGGAUGCACAGCACUGCAGGAAGGCUUUGCUUCGAGCUGUCCAGUGCACCUCUGACUACCCUGAACACGUGUGUGAGGUCCUCCUUUCCUUCGAGAGGGUGGAGGGUACUCUAGAGGACUGGGACACGGCUGUGCAGAAAACAGAAACCAAACUGUCCAGAGUCAAAGAGCAGAGAGCCAAAGAUACAGAGAAAGAAGCUCUCCUUGCCAAGCAGGAGGAGGAAAAGGCUGAGCAGAAGAGGAAGAAGAAAGCACAGAAAAAGAAAGCGGGGCGAGCCGGAGAGAAGAGGAAGGCUGAGGAGGAGGAGGAGGAUGAUGAGGAUGAGUGGGGAGAUGAGUCAGAACAACCCGCCAAGAAGCACCGGGGAGAGGGGGGUGAGACGAUGGAGACAGAGAGUGGGAUGUUCAGUCGGAAGGCUCCCUUCCAGAAGACUUCACAAGUGCCUGCAGCUCAGAAAGCCAGGGCUACAGCCAGGCCGGUCCAGCAGGUUCCCGACGAGAGCCGCAAGGACCAUUUGAGCGUCUUUGUAAGCAACCUGCCCUUCAGCUUGGAGGACCCUGAGAAGAAGCUGCGGGACGUUUUCCAUGGCUGCGGGCCCAUUGAGCAGGUCCGCCCCGUCUACAACCCCCAGGGCACCUUCCGCGGGUACUGCUACGUGCAGUUUGAGAGCCAGAUCUGUGUGCAGGAAGCGCUGAAGCUGGACCGGAAGGAGAUAAAUGGCAGGCCCAUGUUUGUCUCGCCCUGUAUUGACAAGAACAAGAACCCAGACUUCAAGGUGUUCAAAUACAGCACUUCUAUGGAGAAACACAAGAUCUUCAUCUCUGGCCUCCCUUUCUCUUGCACUAAAGAACAGCUGGAGGGGAUGUUCAAAGAACACGGCACAGUCAAAGAUACCCGGCUGGUCACUAACCGUUCUGGGAAGCCAAAGGGCCUGGCAUAUGUGGAGUUUGAGAACGAAGCACAGGCCUCCCAUGCGGUGCUGAAGAUGGACGGGACGGUGUUCCAGAAUCACACCCUGAAUGUGGCCAUCAGUAACCCGCCCCGGAGGAACCUCUCAGACAAGCCAGAGUCCAGCAGGGCGAUGGGAUCCAUGAUGCCACCACAGGUCUUUGGAGUAAGAGGAAGGGGCCGCACACAGCUGUCUCUGCUACCGAGAGCGUUGCAUCGUCAAAGUGCCCCGGAGUCGAAGACUGAGAACGGGACACUGCAGAGCCGAACUGGAAAGCCUGUGCAAGAGACCUCAGCGACGGCACCACAGAAACAGAUGUCCAAUGCGGACUUCUCCAGAUUAUUAAUGAAGAAGUAACGGGUGGACGUUGAGAGGGCUCAGCCUGGGGGAGCAAUGAGAAAACUGCCUUUUACGGAAACCAUAUUGUGUCCUUAAUGAAAAGAAAAACAUGUAUGUUGUGAUUUGUGCUGUAAAUAUUUAAAAAUCCCUGUAGCCAAUUGUAUGAAAAAAGGGUUAGUUAGCCAGGGCUCCAUAGAUACUGAAACCAGGUCAGAGGAGGUAUAAUAGAGACGGGCAGGACGGAACAGUCUGUGUUUAGUAUUAGAGAUUGGUAAGCCUGGACAAGUCGAGGGUUGGAUGUGCUUUACUAUUCGGUUCUGUGAAGCUCAACUCAGAAUAAGUGAAAACCAAAUACAUUUGAAAUCAGGUUUAUUCCCCUUGUGUUUUGGUUUCUUAAGCAGUUAUUGUUAUCUUUUGCCUUUUUUAAUGGCAGAGAAUUUUAAAGGGGAAAAUCCAAUCUGAAUUUUCUGUGCUGCAUUUAUUAUUUUUUUCAAACAAUUCUAUUUGGCAUGUAUUGAAGCCUUGACUCUGUGGGGCCACUGAAGUGGCUACAUUGCACGAAGAUCCAGCAGUGUGCGAUGAGGACAUUGCUGCAUGGAGGCAGGCUUGCGAUUUGUAUUUUUUGUUUUUAUACAGAAACAGGUGUUCUAUUAGCUCUUUGUUUAUCUUGUAGAGUGAGUACAUCAGUGUAAGCUUACCUAUCUCAAACUGUAAUUCUGCAAAAACAAAAUAAGGUUGAAGAGAAUAAUGCAAAUUUCAUUUGUAUCUACUGUAGUCUAAGCUUAUUAGUUUCCAAUGUUGUGUCCUGCAUUUACAUGCCGUUAUGUAGGACUGUGUCAAAAAAAGUAAUGCAUUAGAAGUAAACCCGUGCUCCUGCCCACUUGAUAGACAAGCACGCUUGAUCAAAAGGGGGAACCUCCUUCAACACAGUUUCAAACGCUACCUUAUUUUGUCUUCUGCUACUUUAUGUUGGUAUACUAGUUACAGGCUGAUGUUUUUUGUAAAGCCUUUCCAUUAGAAUCCAGUGUCCAGGCUGGUGAUGAGAUCUCUCACAUUGAGGGUGUUUAUUUAAAAUGUAUUAGUCUUUGUUAAGUAAUUAGUAUUGCAAAGGUACAAUCCCAGCAAGGGCCUCUUAAUAUGAAUGCUGUCAGUAUAAAUGGAAGCAAGCCAGUUCCACCAUGCAUGGUUUCCUGAGCUUUCCUGGAGAUUUAGCCAGUUGUUUUGAAGCUUUUCCCAGAAGUAAUUGUGGAAUGGCUUCAUAGCUAGCCUUUUUUGUUUUAUUAAAGAACACUUUUAGAGUCUGUUUGAAUCGGGUGUUCAGUGCUCACUUGGUUGGCUGUAGUUUUGUAUAGCAUUUAUAUGUUUUAAAAAGGACAAAUUAAGCGAUUUGCUAACUAGUGACAUUUUUCACCGCAGUGGCCUAUUUUAGUAAAAAUUAAAUAAAAGAAAUAACGCUAACGUUUGUUGUUCAAUGUUCCGUAUAAGAGGGCGAUAUUCAAAUUGUAUUAGUUUGAAAAUGUAACUUUUUUUUCCUUCUUUUGUAUUUAAAUAUGUUGGUCCAUUUGUGCUGACCUUGAUGUUAAGAAGUAUACUGGCAACCUGAUUAUGAAUUUAUUCAGCUUUUCUUUUUAAGUGCCAACUGGGCAAGUGUACAUGGACCAUUUUAAAGUGUGUAACUCCUCCCCACCAUUUCACUUCACUUAUUUACUUUUCAUGAUGUGAAUUGUAUAAAAAAUGAAGACCAUAAUCGUGCCCUGUGUUUGGAAUUUUUGUUGUGAAGCACUGUAUAUGCAUCUUCCCUCUUUUAUAUUUCGAUUCCUUAGCAUUCUAGCCCAGUGUCUCUUUAACCAAUAUUCAAUUGCAAUUCUCUUGACAGUCUUAUUUGUAUUACAGAGUAUGCUUUACCCACAUUUACCAUGUAAUUGCUGGUGCAAAAUCAACUGAACCGCUGUAAAGGUUGUCCACAAGAAAACAAACACAGGGUUUAUGUAGGAAAAUAGUUUUUUUUUUUUUUUUUAUUUCGUAUUUCAUACAAAGUUCAAAUCACUAUUGUCCUACCAGGCAAGGGAACCCACGACAGCCACACUACCCAUCUAUUAGUCGAGUCAUGACUUCCAGAUCCAGAGUUGGUUGCAUCUUGUCCCCUCAUAGCUUGGAUUAUUUGAACUGGUCGCAAUCAUCUUAUUACUUUGCACAUGUGUAGUUGCUUACCCCCGUUCUGCUAUAGCAACCC